GUAGUUGCGAGGCAUGAGGACUUGCUGGCACAAGCAACUGGCAUAGAGUCUUUGGAAGGUGUCCUUGAAAUGAUGCAGACCAGAAUCAGCGCCCUGCAGAGCACUGUUGAGAGGAUCAAAGCCAAAAUUAUUGAUCCCUACAACAAAAUCGUAUCCCGCACAGCGCAGUUAGCCAGGCUUCAGGCUGCCUGCGACUUGCUGAGGAGAAUAAUACGGAUCUUGUACCUCAGCAAAAGACUUCAAGGCCAGCUCCAGGGUGGAAGCCGAGAGAUCACCAAAGCUGCUCAGAGUCUCAAUGAACUCGAUUACCUUUCACAAGGGAUAGAUCUUUCUGGAAUCGAAGUAAUUGAAAAUGAAUUGCUUUUUAUUGCGAGAGCUCGACUCGAAGUAGAGAACCAGGCCAAACGGUUGCUUGAACAAGGAAUAGAGACUCAGAAUCCUACUCAGGAAGGAACCGCACUUCAGGUUUUCUACAAUCUUGGAACCUUAAAACCUACAAUUGCUAAUGUUGUCGAGGGCUAUUGCGCUGCCUUGGAAGAAAAUGUCAGCAACGCUUUGGAUUUUAAAGUUCUGACUCAGCCUUCUCAAGCCGCAAGAGGAGGUCCUGGCCGAGCAGCUAUGCCCACCCCAGGAAACACCGCAGCCUUCCGAGCAGCUCUCUGGACCAACAUGGAAAAACUGAUGGAUCAGAUCUGUGCAGCUUGUGGACAGGUGCAACAUCUGCAGAAGGUCUUGUUGAAGAAAAGAGAUCCGGUUACCCACGUGUGUUUCAUUGACGAAUUGGCAAAGGAUGGCCAUUCAGACAUUUUGUACACUUUCUGGACAGCCGUGACUCAAACUCUGGCUUCAGAAUUUCAGAAAGCAUCUGAGACUUCCAUGUUUUUGAAGCAAGCUUUCGAAGGCGAAUAUCCUAAAUUACUGAGGCUGUACAAUGAUUUCUGGAAGCGUCUUCAACAAUACAGUGAAAAUAUUCAAAGAAACGUUAUAACGAACGGCGGCCCCGAGCCCUUAUCGGAACUUCCACAAAUAGAUGACGAUGAACAGGACAUAUUCAUGCAGAAGAAACAAGAUUAUGACCCGGAAAAAGCACUAAAAAAUUCCUUGCAACCUUACGAAGCUGCCUAUCUGUCAAAAUCCCUGUCGCGGCUCUUUGAUCCCAUCAACCUCGUAUUUCCUCCGGGAGGUCGCAACCCCCCAUCGGCCGACGAACUCGACAGCAUCAUCAAAAUCAUUGCGAGCGAGCUGAAUGUGGCAGCGGUGGACGUAAACCUCAGCUUUGCGGUAUCCAAAAACGUGGCGAAGACCAUCCAGUUAUUUGGCGUCAAGUCUGAACAACUUCUGUCGACACAGGGAGAAGCCAGCCAGGUGAUUGGCCCCUUAACCGAAGGGCAGAGAAGGAACGUGGCCGUUGUGAACUCGCUCUAUAAAUUGCACCAGUCCGUUCUAAAAGUUAUCUCCAACCAAAGUGGGUUUCCAACAGCUUCGGAGGAAACUGUGCACGCUGCUUUGAAGACCAUCCACGAUUUAAUGGGCACGGCUGUGCAACCUUUGCUGGACUCGGUCGGCGACUCCAUACAAGCUAUUAUCAUGACCCUUCAUCAGGAAGAUUUUUCGGGGUCCCUGCCUCCUUCGGGAAAGCCGGACGUGCCUUGCUCUCUGUACAUGAAGGAGCUGCAGGGGUUCAUCUCCAGGGUCAUGAACGAUUAUUUCAGGCACUUUGAGUGCUACGAUUUUGUCUACGAGAGGACGGAAGGCAUCGCGCAGAGGGCCAUCCAGGUCUUCAUCCGCAACGCCAGCCUGCUCCGGUCUCUCGGCGAAGGAGGGAAGAUGCGGCUGGCGGCCGACUUCGCUCAGAUGGAGUUAGCCGUGGCGCCCCUUUGCAGACGAGUGUCUGACCUGGGCAAAUCCNGUGCCUCCUCCUCCUCCAACAGACCCAUGCUCUUCCAGACCAGCGAGCAUAUUUCCAGCAGCCCAGCGGUGGGAGACAUCAUUCCCUACAGUACCAUCAUCCAGUUCUUAUUUACGAGGGCGCCUCCCGAAUUGAAGUCCCCAUUCCAG